AUGGAAGCCUCGUUCCAUGGGGCUCUCCUCGGCACCCUCGCCGGGGACGUUCUCGGAGCUCCCUUUGAAGGCGAGAGCAUGGCCAUGGUCCAACAGGUGAUGCCGGAUGGCCCGUGGUCUGUCGCCGACUCGCGCUCCUUUCCCAAUGCUGUGCUAGCGGCGGUGGAACUCGGCGUCGAUCUCGGCCCGUCGGCUGUUGGCGAGUACACCGACGACACCGAGGCCACCUUUUCGCUCGCCGAGUCCAUCGCUGCAUGCCGCGGCGUCCAUCGUCGCCAUGCUGCCCUGAGUAUGGCCCACUGGUGGGCCCGCGGCGCUCGCGGUGGAUACUCGGGCUACACCUUUGCCAAGAUGGCUGCGCUCGCGCGUGGUGCGUCGGUCGACGAGACCGGGGCAGGCACGUCCGCCAUGCCCGGCGGCUCGUACGCCAACGGCGGCGCCAUGCGCAUCGCUCCAGUCGGCCUUGCGUAUGCUGCCUGCGCGCAAUCGGUGUCUAUUCCGCGCAUCGGUGAGUCUUCCGGAGACCCGGAUGCUCUCGCACGUGUGGUCGAGUCCCUCCGCCAGCCAGUCGCCGCUGCUAUUGCGUGCACCCACACCCAUCCCGAGGCUAUCGACGGCGCGGCCCUGCUGGCUGCCGCCGUCGCGCAAGCCGUUCACGUCUCUGCCGACGAUGUGGCAACGCUCGAUGGCCCGACCUGGUUUGGCGCGCUUGCUGCCGCAUCAACCACCGAGCCGCUCAAGACCAACAUGCACACAGUGGCCGAGGCCCUUGCGAGCGUCGCGCCUGACGCGCCGCAUCCAGAGAGCGUUUUUGUGCCCACCGACAAAGAACUGCUGCAGAGCUGGACUGACAAAUGGUUCCAGAUCAGAACCUCGGACGCGAUUCCCACCGUCCUCUACCUCAUCGCCCGCUACGGCGUCGGCCCGCACGCCGCGCCCGCCGAAACCCUCGUCCGCGCCUGGAUUCCCGACGAGUGGCGGGCUACCUGGGAGAGCGAUCCGCGGUACGGCGCGCCGGCGGCGGCUCCGCUCGCAGCCGCACUCGCCUCGCUUGCCUGUGCUGACGACCAACCCGCUCUAGUUGUUCCAGACAACGAUCCGCAUGCUACGAACAUCUCGGACGCUCUGGCUACCGAGCUUGCUGCCACCGAGCUUCCGACUCGGUUUGCCUAA